UCGAGCUGUUCGGUUGUAAAAAAAAAACUUGUAGCUGCGAGUGCACCUAUCGACUCUAAGUUUAUGGAGUUGUUUUUGAAAUACUCAUUCGACCAUUAAUAGAGAUCUCUUUCGAAACAGGUUCUCGGUCAAAUGGCCAUUCUGACCACACAAGUGUCCACAAAUAGUGCCAACGUUCUAACGCAAGCUGCCGGAACAAGUAAUGGUGAAAAAUUCAACCUUCUACUAUGGAAGAACUUCCUGCUCCACUGGAGGAGCAAAAUUUCCUCGCUGGUGGAGAUUUUCAUUCCACCAUUCUUCAUGCUGCUCCUGGUUGGACUACGGAGCCUGACUGAAGUCCAGAUAAACGAUUAUGAAUCCAUCUAUGAGCCACUGGAUGUCAGCGACUUUGCCACCAUUAGAAGCCGUCUGGUGAUUCCCUUCGCACCGGUGAUUGCCUACUCACCCAUCACACCAUUUGUGCAGGACCUCAUGGAGCCGGUUGGGCAAAUGGCACAGCUGGAAACACGAGGUUUUCCAACGGCCGAAGAAAUGCAAUACUUUCUAAUGGCUUCUAACGCUUUCGUAGGAGUACAAUUCGAUGAGCGCCAUAUAAAAUCUACUGCGCCGCCAAGGUUUCUGAAUUACACCAUGCGAUUUCCAGGAGAACUGAGAGCUCAAUUUGGAAUCACUCACACAUGGCGAACGAACGCAAGAUUUGCUUCUAGACCCGAUGGAGGUGCCCGGUUUUAUCGGUACAGUGAUGGGGGUCCAAGUCCAGGAUACUUUCGGGAGGGAUUUCUCAGCAUUCAACAUUUCAUCUUCAAAUCAUUUGUCGAACGAGUGAAACAAAUCCAAGAUCAAACAGUGCCAGAUGUGAUAUUGCAAAGGUUUCCGUAUCCUCCGUUUUUGGAGGACAGUUUUCCUUCAAGUUUAACGACGUUUCUGCCAAUUUCGGUGAUGUUGGCGUUCAUAUAUCCCUGCAUUAGUAUUGUCAAGUCUAUUCUGUUUGAAAAGGAAAAGCAAAUCAAAGAAGCGAUGAAGAUCAUGGGAUUAAGUAACUGGAUUUUGUGGUCAACGUGGUUUGUGAAGUGUUUGGUGUUCAUUAUCAUAUCGGUAUCAUUAGUAGUGCUUUUCCUAAAAGUUCCGUGGUACCGAACGCCGAAUGUGUCUGUGCUGACUCAUUCGGAUUGGGGAGUGUUGUGGUUGUUUUUCUUUAUCUACGGAAUAGCACUUAUCACGUUUUCAUUCAUGUUGAGCACCAUUUUCUCGAAAGCCAACUCUGGAGGAGCAGUUGCAGCCGUUAUCUGGUUCCUCGCGUUUGCACCAUUUGCUGUCAUGGAUCAGGAUUAUGGACGCCUGAGCGCGAGUGAUAAACUGGCAGCAUCGCUGCUCCUUAAUUCUGCUUUGGGGUUUGGCUUGCGACUGAUUGGAGUUUACGAAGGAUUAACUCUCGGAAUGCAGUGGUCUACACUGUUCCACGACAGUGAUGUCGAUAACAUCAAUUUGGGUUCCAUUAUGUUGAUGCUGUUGGCGGAUGCUGUGAUCUACAUGAUAAUUGCCCUGUACAUCGAACAGGUGUUCCCUGGAGAAUUUGGAUUGGCCGAACCUUGGUACUUUCCUUUCUCAAAACGAUACUGGCUUGGCGAAACACCAGUUAAAGGUGAAACCGUUGAUGAGUCCUCGUCUACCAACAAUAACAUCGAAAAUGAACCAAAGGGACGACCAGCUCGUAUACGGAUCAAGGCGCUGCGAAAAGUUUACACCAACAAGAAGGUAGCCGUCGAGGGUUUAACCUUUAACAUGUUCGAAGGUCAAAUAACGGCCUUAUUGGGUCAUAACGGAGCAGGCAAAACCACUACUAUGUCCAUGUUAACGGGCAUGAAGAGGCCAAGCUCUGGAACAGCUAUCAUCUGGGACUAUGACAUACGGUACGAGAUGACGAAAAUUAGGAAUUCUCUCGGAUACUGUCCGCAGCAUAAUAUUCUGUUCGACGAAUUAACCGUUCAAGAGCAUUUAUACUUCUACGGAAGACUCAAAGGAUUGUCGGCUAACCAAAUAGAGUAUGAAAUCGAAAAAUAUAUCAAAGCUCUUGAGUUGGAGGAUAAAACAAACGUACAGACUUCGAGUUUAUCCGGCGGUAUGAAGAGGAAAUUAUGCGUUGGGAUUUCCCUUUGUGCCGGAUCCCGAGUAGUUCUUUGUGAUGAACCAACUUCGGGAAUGGAUCCGGCUGCUAGGCGGGCUUUAUGGGAUCUAUUGAUAGCUGAGAAGAGGAAAAGAACUUUGAUUCUGUCAACACAUUUCAUGGACGAAGCUGACAUGCUUGGGGAUCGGAUUGCAAUAAUGGCUGAUGGAAGGCUUAAAGCGGUUGGUUCCUCGUUCUUUUUGAAAAAGAAAUUUGGCGUUGGAUAUCGACUUAUUUGCGUAAAAUCACCAGAGUGUGACGUUGAAGCCGUGACUGAUCUUUUGAAGAAUUAUAUAGUCGACAUACAUGUUGAAUCUAACAUUGGAACUGAGCUAUCAUAUUUACUGCAUGAGGAGCACGCGUAUAAGUUCCAAUCAAUGUUGGAAGAAUUAGAGAGUAACGUUGAAAGAUUACACAUUUUGGACUUCGGAAUAUCUCUAACAACUUUAGAGGAAGUAUUCAUGAAAGUUGGCUCUGAUUCUACCGGGAUGAGUGAUGCCAUAAGUAUGAGCAGUAUAACGACAUCUUCAACCGAUCUCGAAUCAAACUCCAGUGUUGGAGAAUACGAGUUGAGGGAAGGAUUCAAACUAUUUACUUCACAAGUGAAGGCCUUAUUCUUGAAGAAAAUUUAUCAAACUUAUCGGAAUUGGUUUUUGUUCCUGGUGCAAAUAGGAAUUCCCAUUCUAUUUGUAUCUGUAACUAUAGCUGUGGUUCGAGCUUGGAUCGGUUCAAGAGAUAUGCCACCACGAGCCCUCACUAUGAGACAUCACAACCCAUCGGUGACUCUAGUACAAGUCGACAACAGAGAAAUGCGAUCACCGUUAUCACAAGCAAUUCUCGACAAUUUCAUUCAGUACAUUCGAGUGACCGAGGGCUUGACGGUGAGCAAAGUCAGAGAUUGGAUAGUUCAAGCGUUCUUGAAUCUGGCCGAGCAGCAGUUGGUGUUGGUGAAUCGAAACUUCGUCAUCGGGGCAAGCAUUUUAAACGACAACUACACAGCAUGGUUCAACAACGAGGCGCUACAUUCACCGUCCAUCUCCCUUGGCGUGAUGCAUAACGCAAUAUUGCGUACCUUUGCCCAAUCUGAAGAAUAUCAAAUCGCUGUAACCAAUCAUCCGCUUCCAUAUACCGAUGAUACAAGGCUUCAGAUGAGCCGGGCACACAACAAUCUAGGAUUCCAGCUCGCUUACAAUACCGGUUUCGGGAUGGCAUUCGUGUCCGGGUUUUUCGUUAUAUUCUACAUUCGAGAGCGUGUCACCAAGGCCAAACUGCUCCAGUUCGUAAGUGGCGUCAAUCGAAUCUUGUACUGGCUAACCGGCUUUAUUUGGGACUAUGUGAGCUACGCAAUCGUGUGUUUGUUCAUAGUUGCAACGGUCGCCAUGUUCCAGGAGCCGGGUUUCAGCACAGGUGACGAAAUCUUCCGACUGUACGCAAUUUUCAUCAUAAUUGGGCUCCCGGCGUUGCCUCUGGCGUACAUAACCACUCUCUUCUACGAUGUGCCUCCAGCUGCCUUCAUCAGAGUUAGUGUGGCCUUCAUAGUUACUGGAACUGCCCUUUUCAUUUUCGUUUUCCUACUCGGGACCGAUAUGUUCGAGCUAGAUGAACUGGCUGAAACACUCUCAACAGUAUUCCUCAUAUUCCCGCAUUUUAUUCUUUGCGAUGCGAUCGUAAACUUAAGUCGAAUGUCGAUCACCAUCAACAUGUGCGAAGCUCCUCGACCUCCCGGUGUGACUCCGUUGCCCGUUUGUGGAGAUGAUUUACAUUACUUUCAGUGGGAACGUCCUGGCAUCGGACGACAUCUUUACUACAGUUUGAUUAUGAUGGCAUUUUAUUUUGGUCUGUUGUUCCUGUUGGACUUCAAAGUGCUCAAAGUAAUAGUGCAAAAGACCAGAGAGUGGUACUACAAAGGCCAAUACAGUUUGCAAUCUAAUGAUCAUGAGCUAGAUUCAGACGUCAAGGCGGAAAAGGAACGCAUCGAUGUGAUGACUGAGGAGCAGAGGAAGGAUACCAAUUUGGUGGCCCACCAGAUGACAAAGUACUACAAUCGAUUCCUGGCCGUCAAUCAACUGAGCGUAGGCAUUAACAGCUUCGAAUGCUUCGGUCUGCUCGGGGCCAACGGAGCCGGUAAGACGACAACUUUCAAAAUGCUUUCUGGCGACGAGACCAUCUCGUUUGGCAACGCAUGGAUCAAAGGCCACAGCCUGAAGACCAACCUGAAAAAAGUUCACAAACAUAUCGGAUACUGUCCCCAGUUUGAUGCACUGAUAGAGGAUCUGACCGGUCGGGAAACGUUAAAGUUGUUCUCGUUGCUGCGCGGCGUUCCAAGUUCCACGAUAGCUCCGAUUACGCUGUUUCUGGCCAAAGAGUUCGGUUUCGUGAAGCAUCUUGAUAAACAGGUGAAAGCCUACAGUGGCGGCAAUAAGCGAAAGUUGAGUACGGCCCUGGCCCUUUUGGGAAAUCCAUCGGUGGUUUAUCUGGACGAGCCCACCUCGGGAAUGGACCCGGGAGCAAAGCGGAAUCUGUGGAACGGAGUCUGUCGGGUGAGGGACAGUGGCAAGACAAUCGUACUUACUUCCCACAGCAUGGAAGAAUGUGAGGCUCUCUGCACGAGGCUGGCAAUCAUGGUGAAUGGCGAGUUCAAGUGCAUUGGGUCGACUCAGCAUCUGAAGAACAAGUUUUCCCAGGGUUUCGUACUCAUCAUCAAGGCCAAGAAAGAAGAAACGAACGAAAAACAACGAGAGGCUACCGAAACAUCUGAUUUGCAGAAAAUCAAGGACUUCAUCACCAUCCAGUUCCCGAACUCACAGUUGAAGGAAGAAUAUCAGGAUUUGCUGACGUACUACAUCAAAUCGCAGCAUCUGAAGUGGUCCCAAAUUUUCGGAAUCAUGGAAAAUUGCAAGAAAACGUUGAACGUAGAGGACUAUUCCAUAGGACAAACAAGCCUGGAGCAAGUGUUCCUUUCAUUCACUAAAUUUCAGCGAGACAUAUAAACUGGUGAAAUCGAAACGAAUAUGUAGGUACGAGUUAUAUAGAAUUAUAAUUUAUGUAUAGUUUAAGUUUAAAUUAUGUUAUCGUGAUUAACUGCUCACUAUAUUAGUUAUUGUUCGACUCAAAUAACGUUAGGUAUUUGAAAGAAAAACAUGUAAUUAACCAAUUUAACUAUUCGAUAUACGCCAAUGUGCCAACGACGUGUUAAACUUUAGUCCAAUAGUCUGUAUGAAUAUGGUCCAUCAAUCUUUGAGCAGUUUCAAAUUGUGAGAAUAUUAAACAA